AUUGAUAAAGCUGACAAACAGUUUGUAGACUGAACCUAAGUCUUAGAUCAAUCUCAAACCAACUAUUUCAGCUAUGUGCAGAUUUGUGUUUUCUAUUUGUACGUUUGGAAUUCUUUUAUCAUGUUUCAGUCAGCAUAUUUCUGCCAGAUUUACUGAUGACGUACUACAGUCAUCAAUCAACAGGGCUAAUGCAUCUUCAAGACACACCAGAGGAGUCAAUACCCCUCCUCCCAUUGACUGUAAACUCAAGAGCUGGACACCGUGGUCAUCUUGUGAUUCAUGUCGAGACAGGACGACUCGUUUCCAGUACUUGGAACGAGCGUCUCAGUUUGGUGGUGAGAAAUGUGUGCACAGUCAGUGGGAUCAAAAACUAUGUCCAGAAGAGGGCGAGUGUCAACCACAAGAAAACCACUGUGGGGACAUGUUUGCAUGUGGGCCCAAAGGACGCUGUAUUGGACAGCAGCUCCGAUGCAAUGACGAAAUAGACUGUUUAAAUCAGAAUGAUGAGAUUGACUGUGAAGUGCUAAACAGGAGAGAAACCAAAUGUAGUGGCAUGUUGACUAUACCAGGAGCUGAAAAAGCCACUCAAGGAUAUAAUGCAUUAUCUGGCGAUUUUAUGAAUCGUGUUCUGGACCCAACAUACUUUGGAGGCUUUUGUGAAUACAUCUAUAAUGGAGAGUGGCGGAAGCUCACAUAUGAUCCUUUCUGCGAACACCUCAGUUAUGAUGAUGCUGAAAAAUAUUACCGGAAACCUCACAACUUCCUCUCAUAUCAAAUAGUGGCACAAGCGACUACUGAGGAAGCAUCGGAUUAUUUUGAGGAUGCUGUUAGUUUUCUCAAAGCAAGGCAGGUAGAAGGAUCCACGAAUGUUGGUGUGUCAGCAAGAUUCGCUUAUGUGGAAGGUGGUCUACAAAUGAGUUCCAAUUUCAAGUUUCUAACCAACAUAUCACAAUAUGCUAAUAAGGACGUGGGCUUUGUCAGGCUGUCGUCAAAAGUACAAACAGCCCAGUUUAAGAUGAGAAGCAGAGACUUGACUCUGGACGAGGACAUGCUCUGGGCUCUGGGUGAUCUGCCUGAUCAGUAUGACUUUGGUGCAUAUUCCCAGUUUUUCAAUGAAUAUGGCACACACUAUGUCACAGAGGGAACCAUGGGUGGAUUCCUGGAAUAUGUUGCUGUUGUGAACAAGAAUGCCAUGGAAAGAAAUGAAAUUAGCGGGUUCCAGGUGGGAACGUGUGUUGGUGCGUCUUUUGGACUGUUUUUGUCAGAAACUUCUAAACUGACAAACAAAUGGAAAUCGUGUGGAAAACUUGACAUAAAGGGAGAAACUGGCACUCAGUCAAACAGUGCUAUUGAGGAUAUACUUGGCUUUGUGAAGGGUGGGCACACCGGCUCCAGCGCUGGAAGUUUUCGUAUCAGAGAUGCCAAAAGUUACCAGGACUGGGGAAAGAGUCUCAAAUAUAACCCUGCGCUAAUUGAUUUUGAGGUUCUACCGAUAUACGAGCUGGUGCGUUUAAGCACAGCAGCCGAGCAGUUUCGUACAAAGUUGCCUCAUCUGAAGAUGGCAUGGGAAGAGUACAUGCAGAACUUCAAUCCGUGUCGCUGCGCCGCCUGUAUGAAUAACGGCAUUCAAGUGCUCUCCAGGACAGACUGCAGCUGUAUAUGUAAAAAUGGUUACACGGGUCAGGCCUGUGAGGAGACUGAAAGAAAAGGUCCUGCACAUGGAGUCUGGAGCUGCUGGAGCUCCUGGUCCUCAUGUCUGUCUGGAAGAAAGACACGAAAACGAGAAUGCAACAACCCACCGCCGAAAGAUGGUGGUCUGGCUUGUCAAGGAAGCAGCAAUCAGAAGAAAAAUUGCUAAAAUUCCAAUAAAUCAUGUUGUAAUACCA